AUGUGCUAUAAGCUAUUAAUAAUAGCGGCACUCAUCGCCCUGAGUAGCAGCGAAGUGGUAAUUGGCCAGGAGGAUCUGGUUGAUGAGGUAUCUGGCCACUACACAAUCGAGGGCAAAGUAUAUGCUCCCGAUGUAGGACCCGGACUCGGCCAGCAGGGUCAUGCGGUUGCCUUGCCCAAUGGCAACAAAUGGCAGGUGGACUUGUCCGUGAGCAUUAACAACGGCGAGUACAAGGGAUUUGUGCGCGAGGAUGGACAGUUCAUAAUCAGCGGCGUACCCUCCGGUAGCUAUGUGCUGGACGUUUAUCAUCCGGACAUAUUCUAUGAGCCAGUACGCGUUGAAAUCAAUCCCAAGGGCAAGUUCCGUGCGCGCAAAGUGAACUACAUGCAGCCAGCGCAGGUUGUCCAGGUGCCCUAUCCACUCAGGAUGAAGCCACUUAUGAGAUUCAAGUAUUUCCAAACCCGCGAGCAAUGGAAGAUUACGGACUUCCUGUUCAGCCCUAUGGUGCUAAUGAUGGCUCUGCCCUUGUUGCUUAUGCUGGUGCUGCCAAAGAUGAUCAACGACCCAGAGACGAAGAAGGAAAUUGAAAAUAUGCAAUUUCCUAAGAUGACAAAUGAUAUGCCAGAGAUUAGUGAAAUGCUAACAUCUUUCUUAGCGGGCAAGCAGCCUGAGCCAAAGGAGAAGAAGCCUAUCACAGCCAACAAACAAACGAAAAAACGGAAUUAGUAUUUGUGCCGUAAUCUAAUUGAAUUAAGCCUUAAGCAAAUAGAGAAAAUCCUUUCAAUUCAUAGUCAAAUGGAGUAAAUUCAAUAAACUUU